UUUAUUUUUAUAUUAAAAUGAACAAGUGCCUGGUAUUUGCUUUAAUCGCUAUGACUUCUAUCAACGUUGUAGUUACUUCUACAACUACGAAUCCUGAGCCUAUAUGUAUACCUUGGCUUGGAAAAUGCCUACUUACCGAACAAUGCUGUCGUGAUUUAGUAUGCAUGAGAUAUUUGGCUAAAUGUAUUCCUGGUCAAAUUUGGAAUGAUAAUAGGCCUAUUGGAGAUGGUCCAUUCCCUCCAAAAAUUAAAACAUUAUUCAAUUAAUUCUUAACUCGAAAUAGAAGAUAAAAGUGCACAAUGUAUUUCAAACGAUUAUCCAAUGUUACUUUUGCGUUAAAUGUUUAAUCUUAUUCACAAUAUUCAUACUGUGUAUUUCUUACACACAAAUACGU